AUGUUUCGAUUCUUGACACUUCUCUUGGCACUCUCAGCCGUUGCCUACGGUGAGAAAAAUGAAUCUGCUGCUUACGAUGACGGUCGCGUCGCCGGUGGUUUGGCAGCCAGUAUCGAGGAAUUCCCAUACCAGCUAAGCUUGCGUUGGAGAAACGAACACUUCUGCGGUGCUUCCCUGAUCUCUUCGACAUGGGCCGUCUCCGCAGCUCACUGCACCAUCGAUCGCAGAACAUCAGAUCUGUCUCUCCUUGCUGGAACAGCAAACCGUCUGUCCAGUGGACAAGUCCGCGAUGUUUUCCUGACGAUCAACCACCCCAAAUACAACGCGAUGACCAUGGACAACGACAUCAGUCUUAUCAGAGCCAAAGGUGCUUUCAUCCUGAGCAACACCGUGCAGGUUAUACCUCUUCCCUACCAGGGACAGAGAGUCUUUGCUGGUGUUAACGCCAUGGUCUCAGGAUGGGGAACCACGAGGGAAGGCUCCACACACGUACCCAUAUUCUUGCAACAGGUCUCGGUGCCACUUGUUACUUCGGUCACUUGCAACAACCUCUACAACGGCAAGAUCACCAGCAACAUGCUCUGCGCCGGCUACCUCACUGGAGGCAGUGAUGCCUGUCAAGGAGAUUCUGGAGGCCCUCUUGUUAGCAAUGGAAUUCUCGUCGGCAUCGUCUCUUGGGGCAAUGGUUGCGCCCGUCGCGAUUUUCCUGGAGUCUAUACUCGCACUGCUGUUUAUCGAGACUGGAUCAGAACCUACACGGGCAUGUGA